UGCCGUCGGGAUCGGAUAUGCUUGGUGGGACCUGGUGCCCUAUUCGUGUUUGCGGUUGUUUUCGGUUUUCGGUGUCCGUUCGGGGUUCGUCUGUUGCUGGCAUCCCCUAGAAAGGCGUGAGGCCGUGAUUGAUCCCUGAAAGUGCGGGUCAGUUUGUGAAUGUUGAUUUCCCUUGGCCCCUUCAAUAGGUCACGGUUUUUUUUUUGUGUUCUUUGCUCAAAUCAAGCAUUAACCUUCUCCGCACCAUGGAUCCGGUUCUCUAGGUCCCGGUCCUAGGAUGUAUUUGGAGCGCUUUUUCUAAUGGAAACAGCCGGGGCUCUCGUAACAAAAGUGCAGCCAAUGUGCAGUUGCGUUCUAUUUUUGGGGGUAUAGAAAAAGAUUAGGCGGAAAACACCGGGACGGCAAAGUUUUCGUACACGAUUUGAAGCCCAGAAUGCACCAGUGUUAUUGUUUCCGACAAUAAGCUUCUCCCCACGUUGAUGUUGCCAGAACGUAUGACGACGACUACGACGACGCCAAACGACGUCCGCGGACGCUGUUGAUGGUUGCACCGGUGAAAGUAACGACGACGCUCUGAUGUUUCCGGUCCCCAAAGUCAGCGGCUGGAGUGCUUUUUCGGGGGAAGUUUUGCCGGAUUAGUGACGACUGGAAACCAGCAGCAGCAGUGAAUGAGCUGGAACCUACAUUCAUAUGUACAUGUAAAAGUGGUGGAGCUAACUAAAAUUAUGAUUAUGCAUCUACUAGCAGCAGCAGCAGCAGCAGCAUGGUAAUGGGGCAAUAAUCAUUGUGAUGAAACUGAAUGGAUGAAUAAAGGAAGACGAGCUACCGACGAACAGCGGAACAACAAAGGCGCCAACCGGAAGUUUUGAUGCAUUUUUGAAAGGGUUUUACUUGGAAAUUGGAUGAUCUGUGGGGUUUUCAAAGCAUUUGAAUACGAGUGGAUCCGGAAACAGUGAUAAAAAUGAAACAUAGUUUAUAUUAAAAAAAUCAUGUCAGUAAAUGCAGCUCAAGUGGAACAGUGAUAACUUGUGUAGAUAGUGAUUAACAAAAAGUGUCAGCUAUAUGCAAAAUGGUGGAAUGAAUCAGUGCUCAUUUUUUUUCAUCGAACAGUGUCAAUCAGCAAAAAGUCAACAAUUCCGGAACGAUGAAUGGACGACGACGACACGGAAGCUCAGCACAAAAUAGGCCCGAACGACAAUCUGUUUCCAUUUGAAGUGUAUGUUCGUCGAUUCCUAAAUCUGCACUUUGUGCUCAUUCAUCUUGAAAUUCCAUUAUGACACAUCAUUAUUGAAUGACAUGACGAUUCGGAAUCGGCCUUGGUGCAAGGAUUCAAUGCCACAUCAGCUCAACUUUUGGCGACAACGGCCGGCAGCAACGAACAAAGGAUCUUUCCGACGACGACAAUCCCAUUCAUAGGAAAAUUAGAGGAAUCAGAUACAUACAUACAGCGAACGAAGAAGAACGAACGAGGUGGUGAGGCAAAGCGUGUGAAGUGAGAAACGAGAAAGCCCAUACAAUUGAAUGAACAGGUGAAUUUUAACGAGGCGGCUCAAUCGAUUGGAAACCAGGUCAACUUUGUUAGCCUACAGGAACAAAAGCUAACUAAACUCGCACACAAACAUACACACUCAACACAUUUGGAAACAGCUUCCAGGAAAAGCGUAGAAACACAAACACAUACGCACACACUAACACUCACACACCCUCGCACAGCAUCACAAAACUGCUACAAUAAUGCUGAUAGUACACACGGUGAAGCUGGUGCUGCUGGCGCUCAACGUCCUUCCUUAUCGGUUCACCCACCGGAAUGUGCUGUUCAUGAUCUAUCUGGCGACGCUGGUCACACAUGUAUUCAUGGACGAGCCACGGUUUGCCCAGCCCAUUCCAAACGUGACGGUAGCAGUGGGGCGAGACGCAAAUCUUCCCUGUGUGGUGGAGCAUCUAGGCACAUACAAGGUCGCCUGGAUUCACAUAGACCGCCAGAUGAUUCUGACGAUACAUCGGCACGUGAUUUCGCGCAUUCCCCGGUACAGCGUGACCUACGACAAUGCCAACACGUGGCUGCUGCACGUCAACCAGGCCCAGCAGGACGACCGGGGGUAUUACAUGUGCCAGGUCAACACGAACCCGAUGAUCAGCCAGGUCGGCUAUCUGCAAGUCGUAGUGCCUCCCAACAUUCUGGACAUCGAAAGCACACCGUCCUCGGUGGCAGUUCGAGAAAACCUGAACAUCAACAUGACCUGUCGGGCGGACGGUUUUCCCACGCCCAAAAUUAUUUGGCGACGAGAAGACGGCCAGAGUAUCACCGUGGAGCGGAAAAAGAAAGUAAUGGUUUACGACGGUGAGGUGCUCCAUCUGACGAAAGUGAGCAGAAACGAGAUGGGCGCUUAUCUUUGCAUCGCCACUAAUGGGGUGCCACCAUCAGUGUCUAAGCGGAUUAUUCUCGACGUCGAGUUUUCUCCGAUGAUUUGGGUUCCCAAUCAACUGGUGGGAGCGCCACUUUCGACUGACGUGACAAUAGAGUGCCACACCGAGGCGCAUCCUAGGGCGAUCAUCUACUGGGUCUACAAUUCGGUGAUGGUGCUGCCGAGUAAAAAGUACAUAAUCGAUUACAACGAAAACUCUUAUCGUGCUCACAUGAAGCUGACCAUUAAGAAUUUAUCGUCCAGCGACUUUGGGAAUUACCGGUGUAUAUCGAAAAACUCCUUGGGGGAAACGGAAGGAUCGAUACGCGUGUACGAAAUUCCUCUGCCUUCCACCCCGUCGAAGCAAAUAACACACGUAGUGGAAGCCAAAGAAGUGCCACCGCGAAACGAAUCCAUUAAGGUGACCCAACCGGAGGUGCUGUUUCCAAUUAAGAACGACGAAGGCUACGCGCCACGUUCUCCUAAUGGGAUCCCAUUCGAACGCAAAACGCUUCCAAUUGGCCAGAGCUACUACACCGAUAUGCCGCCAAGGGAAAUGGGAUCAUCGCACGCUUCCAGCUUACGAUGGAACAGCCAGGUCUACCAGAUGCUGAUCAAGAUUCUGAGCAUAUCCUCGACGCUCACCUACUCCUACUGCGUAACGAAUCAGCUUUUCCUGUAAUCUUCGGGUCUGGAAAAACGACGUAGUGGUGGGCAGCUUUGAGUGUGAAUGUUUGUAAUGUUUAUAAAAUUAUACUAUAGGUCGUAGCUAAUGUAAAAAUAUGAAAAUCAUUACCAGCGGUAGCAGUUUAUUUAUUAAGUGGGAAAUAAUGUAUUUAUCGUUCCUCCCCUCCUCGAUCCAUAUCAACUGAAAGAUUACUCAGAUUGAACUCAUUGUUUUGAAACGUUGUUUUUCAGUUAGAGAGCCAGGAAAUCAAUGAAUAAAUACAGAAUCGCUGUAAGUUUGUACAUUACAAGAAAAAUAACUCAACCCGUUGAGACGAGGCUAAAGCAAGUGAUAUCGAUAUACUUAGUCAAAUUGAAGCGAGACAACUUCUCCACAUAUCCAAACUACCCUACAAUCCCCUCAUCUCCCUAAUCCAGUUCCUCAUUCUGCAGAAGUUCAAGUUUCCCUAAACCAGAAAGGAAAAUAUCACAAUAAAACUUUUGGAAAGACUAGCACCCAAUAUCAUAUUGAUCGAAACGACUAAAUAGUAUGUUAAAUAAUUCAAAUCCUUUAUCUUACUCUAGCAAAUAUUUGAAGAACAUUAUGAAAGAGAUAUGCGCUUUUCUGUUGCAAAAAUGAAAAUGCAUCACCUAAGAAGGACUCACUAACGGUCAGAAUAUAACUACAUAGAGUACAUAAUUACACAUAACGAUCCCUAGGCUCAAGUUCAUCCGAAUGGAACAGAACAUAUUGUAAAAUAACAUACAAACAAAUCAGAGGAAUAUGGAAAACAAAUCAAAUCAGUUGUUGAUUAGAUGUAAACAAAACUUAUACAGUAGGUAUUGAGGGCGACCUGAGGCGAAAAGAAUGUUAAACUAUGGAGAAAUGCCAACGAAAUAGUAAGGUGUAUAUAGUUUAUAUAAAGAAAGAAAAAUUAUUUCAAUACAGAAGGAUUGAACGCAAAGUGUUAGCACACAAUUGUGACAAUUUGUAAAAAUAUACAGAUUCAUUUACAAUCUAGCAAAAUAGUAAAAAUACACAACAGAAAACCAAUAUGAUCAAACGAGCAAAUCUGUCAGCAGACGACAUCAUCGUUUAAAGCUCAUCAUACCUUAAUGUUGAAAUUCAACAAGUUUAAUUUUCUUGAUUUGUUUUACGAAAUUGGUCUCAUUAUUCAUAGUUCAAAAUUUGAAAUCUGAAUUGAAAAAAACCCGUUGAACAUUUUGAUUUGUAACUUUAAACUUUUAUUAUGUUGUAGGCCUAACAAAGAAUUCAAUUUAUAGUUGAAACGUUAAUAAAAGUUUAAAACUACCAAAAUCUUAUGUCAUCAUUGUCAUAGCUUCUCAUCUACCCUGAAAUCCUACAGCUGAUGGCAUCCAAAAAUUCACACAAGUUCUCAAAAAAAAAAAACACAUUUGCCAAGAAAGCUAAACUCGACACAAAACGCUAGUUACACAACUUGUUCAAACAUAAGCAUAAAGGAUAUUUUUGUUAACUUUGGCAGGCAAGGAUUGAAUAAUACGAAAAAGAUGCAAAUAAAGCGCAAAGGAAAUAUUUGAUUUGAAUAAA